CUUCAAGCGAACAUAUUCUCCCACAUUCCUCGAUCUCUUCGGACCAAAACACAGAAAACAUGUAGAAAAUGUCGGCGGAGUUGCUUCUCUCCACACCACAGAUGUCGCCUUCAAGGGAGCCGUCGUCGUAGAAGCAAGUUAUGGAUUCCCGCCUUCCAUGUUUGAUCGUUUUCAUCCUGACUGGCCUGACCCCAUCAUGCCUUGGAGACGACAAUGGCACCCGCCGUCAUGACUACUGCGUCCUUGGAGCUGGACCUGCAGGGCUGCAGAUGGGGUACUUCCUCUCCAAGGCUAAACGAGACUACAUCAUCUUGGAGAGGAACUCUGGACCAGGCAGCUUCUUUCACAAAUAUCCCAGGCACAGGAAGCUCAUCAGCAUCAAUAAGAUCCACACCGGACGGCAGAACAGGGAGUUCAACCUCCGCCAUGAUUGGAAUUCCUUGCUGAGCGACAAGCUGGAUCUCCUGUUCCGGCGAGUGAGCCGGGACUUUUACCCGCCGGCCGAUGCCUUCCCGCUCUACCUGGCCAUGUUUGAGAGGGAGCUGGGUCUGAGGGUCACAUACGGUGUGGAUAUCGGAAGGAUCAGGGCCGUGACGUCGUUGACGAGCAGGAUUUACGUGCUAACCGACCAACUUGGAAAGGACUACACUUGCGGCGUUCUUCUGGUGGCGACCGGUCUCUGGGUUCCUCAGGAGGCAGAAUUUGUGGGUUCCGACCUGGUUGAGGGCUAUGAAUCCAUCUCCACUAACCCAGAGGACUACACGGACCAGGCUGUGCUGAUUCUGGGCAAGGGGAACUCUGCUUUUGAGACGGCGCAGAGCAUCUUGGGGAAAGCUAGCCGGGUCCACAUGGUCAGUCGCAGUCCUGUUCGCCUGGCCUGGCAAACUCAUUACGUUGGAGAUCUCAGGGCUGUGAAUAACGAGCUGAUAGACACCUACCAGCUGAAGUCCCUUGAUGGGUUGGUAGAAGCCAGCCUGGAGCGAAUAGUGAUCGUCCAACAAAAGGACCAAAGCAGGAAGAAGUCCAGCACAAAAGCUGGCAAAGAGGGGAAGGGACAAUUGUAUGUGACCAUAAAUAAGUACGUACAACGGCAGUCCGAAAAGAACAGCUCGGAUGUGACAGCGGAGGAGCUGCUUGGACAUCACAUCGACAACUUCUCCCUGCGCAAGCCCUAUGACCGUGUGAUUCGAUGCCUUGGCUUCCGAUUCAACUUCAGCGUAUUUGACAGUUCCAGCUGCCUACCUAAGAGUGAAAAUGCAAGAGGGAGGUUGCCAAGGGUGAACGCCUGGUACGAAGGUUCUGACACCCCUGGUUUGUUUGUAAUUGGAGCUGCCGCUCACUCCAGAGACUACCGCUCGUCAGCUGGUGGUUUUGUCCAUGGAUUUCGCUACACAGUGCGAGCUGUACAUCGUGUGCUUGAACACCGUUACCAUAGAGCACCGUGGCCAUCAACUCAGCUGUUGACAACGCAGCUGCUGUCUGCAGUUCUGAAGCGGGUGGGCGAGGCCUCCGGGCCCUACCAGAUGUUCGAGAUGCUUGGAGACGUGAUAUUGUUGAGAGGAUCUCACUGCCAAUAUGUGGAGGAGUUCCCACUCCAGGCCUUGCCUCAGUUCUCUUCUCUCUCGGGCCACGAGGUGUCCGGACAUGGACUGUUGGUUCUAGUGAUGCAGUACGGGAAGCAGAAGAUCGACUAUCUGGGAGGAGGCCGGGCGGUAACAGAUUGGACCAAAGCUUGGAAAUCCAACUUUUUGCACCCAGUUUUGUACUACUACGACAUGCUUCCUACUGAGGAAGAGAUGAAGCAUCGUCCCCACGGGUGGCCUUUGCCAAGGCCGAAGGCAAUUCAUCACAUGGUUGAGGACUUCCUCACUGAGUGGGAUGGUCCCAUAUCUCACAUUCAGCCUUUGCGGCGAUUCCUAGAACACUGUGUCCACACUGACCUCAGAGCCUUCUAUGCAGAAUCUUGUUUCCGCUUAUCCCUCACACACCGGAAGCCGCCGCUGUUUUGUCGCCAAGGAUACUUGAAGCAGCAAGGUAUGGUUGAUAGUAAACCGCAGCACUUUCCUCCCACUAUGCCUGGAGAGCAGCGUGCGGACACAGCUGGAGCUGACGCUGCGUUCCCAAACUACCUGGCACAAGCCGGAGCCGCCAUGUUGUCAGGAAUAAAACUUGACUUGUGAUUGUUUUUAAUAUAUUAGUGUUUAUACGUGUGACACCAUCCAGGUCUCUAUACCUCCAGCACGUACAAAUCCAGACAAACCAUUAAGAUCACUGGUUCCUCACCAACUGAUCCUUCAUUUUGUCGCCAAAGCUCUAGAUGUUAGCCACUUGAUCUGCCAAAGAAUAAAUGAUUGCCCUUGCUUUAGUUUUGUAUAUGUUGCACAGUGGGGCAAUGCAAUAGAGUAUAGUGAAAUAUGGCUGAAAACAGCAAAGAAGCUAAAGAAGAACGUUCUCAUGUUACCGAGCAAAGGUUGCCAAGCGUCCCUUGAAAAACAGAAUUGUCCUGUAUUUAGAAGCAAAGGUACAGUAGGUCUGGGUUCCUUUUUGCCUCAUCCCACAUUUAAGGUGUGAGUAAAGAAUGUAGUCGUCGUCGUCGGCAUCCUUCCGUCUCGGGAGACGAUGAGGUAUAUCCAAAAAGGGGGGUGGGUCUCACUGCGAGAUAGCCCCUGGCACCCGUUUCUUUCGCCAAUCGAAUGGGCUUAGAACCGGUAUCUGCUGGAGUGACCUCUCCAGUGGAACUCUCCAGUGGAUCUACACGGCCUGGGCAUUGAACUAUGGAGGGCAAUCUGUUGUCCAGGCAGCAAGCCCCCCUUCUCCGCAUGGCUGGUGGACCCACGGGAGCGACGAGUGUCGAUACAACUUGGCACCAGUGAUGCCGCAGGAGUUGCCGGAAUGACGCUACAACGUCAAACCGCCUUCAGGACUCCAGCUCCUGAUUUUCUGUCGGGGUUUACUCCCUUUGCCUUACCCUCCAGUGGGUUGACCGCAAGGCAGCGGUGGUUUUGAGAUUGGAGAUUUCCUUCUCCUCGAUGGGCCCCAUCUGCCCGAAUGCGGCAGGUAGCACGGGGGUACAUCUUACCCGUGGCGGUAUAAGCCCGACCUGACUCUCAGAAUGCAGUACCGACCUCAUAAGUCCAAAAGAGAAAGAUAUGAUACAGCUGGAGUGUCCAAACUACGGUUGACAAUCCAAAUGCGGCCCGUCAACGUCUUCAAUCUGGACCGUGACACGCACUGAGUUUUAUAAGGAAUCUUAACGGCAGGGAGAUUGCGUUCAUUUUAAUAGUCUGACCAUUUUAAUGCAGACAUAUUUUCGUCAUCCAGUGGACACAUAAGUACUUCAGUUCAAAGACCUUUAAUUAUGGUCUGAAUGACCCAAUGCAAAGAACCUUCCCUAGUCAUGGUGCAAAAAAAAAUCCAACCAACACAAACUGUCAGCUCACAUAACACAACCUUUUCACUGAACUUUGUGGAUUUUAUUAAAAAAAAAAACAACAACUUCCAUGCGCCAUAAAAAAAUCUAAAUUACACCCAUUUAAAUCCAUUACAAAGCAUGAUGGAAAAAAAAUGCAAAACACUCUCCACACUUAUCCAUGUUUGGUGCAUUUUAGCUGCUUGGUAUUUAUGAUUGAUUACAAAACUUUAAGGAGGUUGUUGCGUAAGUAAACAAGGUAGGAGUCUAACCUUAACAUACUCUUAAUAUCCAAUUAUAUUAAUUAUUAAUUAUACAUCCAUUAUAUUAAUAUAAUGUGUGUGUACACAUUAUAUAUAAAUAUAUAAAUAAUAAUAAUGGAUUAGGCUCCAGCACCCCCCGCGACCCCAAAGGGAAUAAGCGGUAGAAAAUGGAUGGAUGGAUGGAUUAGAUUUAUA